GAGGCUUCCGGAAAAGGCUAAAUAACUUUGCCUGGUCGCUCAGUCAUAGUUUAAUUACCAUUUUGGGUUACUUUUAGGCAGGGCUUACAGUCAACCACAAUGCUUCACUUACUCCUUUGGGUGUGCACUUGUUUAGCUAAUACAAGAGCACUAGGUGAUCCUGUUAGCUUCUUGCCUACUAGAGACAGUCCGGGUCUGUUGAAGGGAUGCUACUCUCGUCCCGCGCUUGGGACUUUGUGCUUUCUCGUCCAUGAGGACUUCAUGUAUGUGCGGGACUCCCAGGGUGGCAAUGUUGUCUUCUACCUCAAGUACAACAAAGACACGCACUACUUUCAAGCCAUGCGUCACCACAUCAUAAGGUUCCGAGACAAAACAAUAAGCAGCGGAAGAAGCGACCACCACGCGUCGCCGUGGCAUGUGAGGUCUUUAAUCAAGAGGGCCCUCCACAAAAACCGCCUCAAACAGACCCGCGCAAGACGAGCAGUCUUCAAGAGUAGAGUACAUUCCCGGAUUGGGCUUUACAAGGCACUGCUUUUAGGUUAUCUCUCACAGGAGCUUCAUACACGGGUGUCCAAGGCCAGAGUAGCGAUCUCGCCACUUUUGGCUCAGCGGUUUCACUUGAUGGCUCUAGGGACCCUUCGUGCUCUUGGCCCCUCAUUCAAGAAGGUCAAAGCCCAAAAUCACCGACACAGCGCCAAACUUUACACAAAACAUCGCCCUGGCGAGACAAGAGUUGAGACUAAAAAGAAUGGCGACAAUUUUCAUAUAGAUAAAGCACGAAGCCUUUCUGACGAUGCUAAAUUAAGACGGGAGAAUCGAGUUGAUCGUGACGCAGUGUUUAGCACUUCUCUCGCCUCUAGCCCCAUUCGUCCGCAGCCAACGAAGCACUCAACGUGCAGUGUACCAGGGCACGCUACGAGCGGCUCGUGCGACAUGCGUGGGCGCAGCAGCGAUUGUUUUGGGAUGUGCGGUACGGUGUGCUGGUGUUGGUCCUGGGUGUGUGGAGACUGCUGUCUCCAUACGGGGUGCUACCAACAUGACUGGUGUUGUCGCCGAGGAUAUCUAACCAUCCACUGUUUGUGCCCAUGGUGCUUUGGUUUUGACUGCACCAGGGGUUACCGAGGUUACCCCGAGUGUUUGCGUGAUUAAAGGCACCAUCUUACCCUUACCCCAAUGCAGAUCUUAUCCGCAGUAAAAAGCCGCCAUUUUGUCACCCAAGCAAAAAUAUCCAGUGCGAGAAAGCAUCCUUUUCCACUACCUAAUUUAUGUUAUAUUUUACAUUAAAUUGUUAAGGAAUUUUAGGACUUUUUUAAUUUUAUUAUUUCGAGAUUUCUAUGGGAGGGGAUGUAUAAUAAAGUCUAUUUUUGAGAAUGACUUUUUAGAAACAUUUAUACCAAGCACAAUACGUCUUGUCAGGUGAAUUACAAAAUAACCACAAAAAACCUUUUAAUCAUGGAUUGUAUCUAAAAGAUGCAUACCGAAGAACAAGCGUAGACAAUGUGUGUAAUUGGUUUGGUCGCCCACUGCUCAAUAUUUAAGGGAAGGUUAAACUGAUACAAAUCUAACAAAUCUAGCACUAUUUUAUUAUCCAAAUAUGCAAUCAUUACAUCAGUCACACUGUAAUACAAAAUAACAUUUAUACGGUUAUGAUAAGAAAAAACUCGAAUCUGUAUUUUGAAAUAUUUGUAUCUACUUAUGUGAUUCAUUUAGAAAGUCUAUUUUCUAAA